CUUCGCGGCGUUUAUUAUUAUUGUCAUCAUCUUUAUAAUCCUCAUCGAUGACGCAGAUGAUGAUCGCUUUAGGAAGGGUUCUUUUUCUUUGUGAAGUGUGAAGGCCUAUGAGCCUAACGUUAGGUGAUAAAAGCUACUUUACCCAUGACCGAGGCCAAGGAAGGGGGAGAAAUCCCAGAGGUCUCCAGAGACAAAGAGGAGGAAGGGGAAAUUAAUGCUAACUCAGAUGAAGUCUCCCGGGCACAAAAUGCCAAGGCUGAAGAAAGGAUCAAAUUCCUCCAGUUUCUUCAGUGCAUGGAUGGAAGGAAGGCUGUGUUCACAAUGCAUGAGAACACCCAGGUAAGGGGAAUCUUCAGGGCGGCCAAUUUCAUCCCUGAUGAGAUCAUGGUGAAUCAGCUUGAAACUCCAACAGGUGUCUUCAAAAGUGCUGUGUUACGGAUGAAGGAUAUCAUCUGCAUCGCCUUUGAACCAAUUGAUUUAGGCUCAGGGCCUAGUGGUGGUGCUUCCACUUCAGAAGCAGGAUCUCAGUGAAGCAGUACAAGGCAACUUUAUUUAAGUGUUAUAUUUUUCAUUGUGACAUUGGACAGCUACAAAUGAGGUUCACUGCCAGUCCAUCCAC